AUGACCUCACGCAUCGACAAGACGAUUGCUCGGCAGCGCGAGAAAAUCGCCUCCGGUGCUUACUACGAAGCUCACCAACAACUCCGCGUCAUCGCUGCGCGAUACAUCAAACAAUCCAAUUAUGAGGCCGCUGCUGAAAUAUUGGCUGGCGGUGCGACUGCUCUUCUGAGAGCUGGAUCUCAGCAGGGCGCUUCUGCGAGUGGAGGAGACUUGGCUAUAAUGUUGGUAGACGAGGUGUACACCAAGGCGGGGUGGGGGAUUACUGGAGGAGAUGAUGAUGCGGAGGGUCGAGCCCGAAAGAAGCGCUUAAUAGAGCUUCUGCGUGAAUUCCCGUCGGAAGAGCCCACGAGGAAGAGAUUCAUUCAGGAGAUGAUCGGCUGGAGCGGACGGUUCGGUCCUGUGGAGAGAGGAGAUGCGGAGCUGCACCAUGCGGCUGGUUCGGUAUACGCCGAGGACAAUGAGCCAUAUGACGCCGAGAAGCAUCUCAUUCUUGGAACCUCCGAAUCCGCCGAGACGCUCGCGAAACUCGAGUACGAGUGGUACACGAACGACGAGCCCCAUACGGCGGCUAUAUACGCCUCUCGUGCAGUCUUUCCUUACUUGUCAGUCGGGAACCUCCGCAACGCCAACAAAGCCUUCCUCAUCUUCACCUCAAGGCUCUCUUCCUCAAAUGCGUCCCUUGGUGUACAAGAAGUCAGCAGCGCCAGCUCCGAUGUUCGAGUUUUCCCGUCUCUGCCUUUGCUGAACUUCAUAAGCAUGCUGCUUCUCACUAUCCAGCGAGGUAGCGCAGACCUUUUCAAGCAGUUAACUGCCCAUUAUGCAUCGCAGAUCCAAGAAGUAGGGAUCUGGGAUGAUGCCUUGUCACAGAUCGGCGAGCAAUACUUCGCGAUCAAAGUUCCGAGACAAGGUAACCCACUUCUGGAUAUGAUGGGCAGUAUGCUGUUCGGAGGUCAGAACCAGGGCGGAAGUAGGAGGGCACCCCAGGGACGGAGUCAGUCGAAGACCGUGGAGGCGCCGCCGGCCAGCAUGGAGCUCGAUUAG